CACUCUCCUCGACCUCCUUUUCUUUCCUCCACCUCCUUAACCGGAAUGCUGAGCUCCUCCUCCUCCCCUACCAAGCUCUCCCUCCCCCUCCUCCCCUCCAUGGCCUCCGCCGCCGGCGACCCCCAGGACGCUCGCCUGGUCUUCGUCGGUGACCCGGACCGGUCCUCGUCCCCUGGCGCCGACGUGGCCGCCAGCAACGCCAUCCGCACCACCAAGUACUCCCUGCUCACCUUCAUCCCCCGCAACCUCUUCGAGCAGUUCCGCCGCGUCGCCUACAUCUACUUCCUGGCGCUGGCCCUCCUCAACCAGAUCCCCCAGCUCACCGUCUUCGGCCGCCAAACCGCCUUCCUCCCCCUCGGCACCGUUCUCCUUCUCACCGCCAUCAAGGACGCUUACGAGGAUUACCAGCGCCACCGCUCCGACACCGCCGAGAACAACCGCCCCGCCUCCGUCCUCCCCCUCCGUUCACAGCAGGCCGCCUCCACCGUCAGGAAGAAAUGGAAGGAAAUCCGCGUCGGGGAGCUCGUCCGCGUCGUGGCCAACGAGACCAUCCCCUGCGACAUGGUCCUCCUCGCCACCAGCGACCCCACCGGCGUCGCCUACGUGCAGACCAUCAACCUCGACGGCGAGUCCAACCUCAAGAGCUGCUACGCCAAGCUCGAGACCGCCUCGCUCGCCCCCGAGGCCCUAGCCGGCGCCAUCAUCCGCUGUGAGCCACCCAACCUCAACAUCUAUAGAUUCCAGGCCACCAUCGAGCUCCGCGGCGACGGCCCCAGGAUCCCACUCGGUCCCACCAACAUCGUCCUCCGCGGUUGCGACAUCAAGAACACCUCCUGGGUCGUCGGCGUCGCCGUCUACAUCGGGACAGAGACCAAGGUAAUGCUCAACAACUCCGGCGCGCCCUCCAAACGCAGUCGAUUGGAGACCCGCAUGAACCGCGAAAUCAUCGUGCUCGCCGUCAUAAUGGUCGGAAUCUGCUCACUGAUCGCGAUCUCUACUGUGAUUUGGCUUCACAGCAACAGGGAUAAGCUGGACACCUUGCCGUUCUAUCGGCGGAAGGACUACUCCAGGGUUCCGCCAAGGGAUUACUUGUAUAAUGGAUUAGGGCUGGAGAUGCUGUUUGCAUUUCUGAAGUCCAUUUUUAGGUUCCAGAACUUCAUUCCCAUCUCGCUCUACAUAUCCAUGGAGCUGUCGAGGUUGAUGCAAUCGUUCAUGAUGACCCAGGACGAGAGCAUGUGCCAUGAGGCGACCGGCAACAAGCUCAAGUGUAGGGCUUUGAAUAUAAACGAGGACUUGGGGCAGAUCAAGUAUGUGUUCUCGGAUAAGACCGGAACUCUCACGGAGAAUAAGAUGGUCUUCCAGUGUGCCAGUAUUCAUGGGAUUGAUUAUGUUUGUCGAGAGCCUCUGACACCCGGCGAGAUUGCCCCUCAUCCCACCAUAGUUGAUGGUCAAGUUUGGAGGCCGAAAGUUAUGGUUAAUACUGACCGCAAGCUCCUGAGACUGUUAGAGACCGAGAGGGACACAGAAGCAGGAUUAUAUGCUGUUAGUUUUUUUCUUGCAUUGGCUACGUGUAACACCAUUGUGCCUCAGGUAUUGGAUACAUCUGAUCCAGCAGUGAAAUUGAUAGAUUAUCAGGGUGACUCGCCGGACGAACAGGCAUUGGUGUAUGCUGCUGCAGCCUAUGGUUUUGUGCUAAUAGAAAGAACAUCCGGGCAUAUUACCAUUGAUGUUCUUGGGGAGAGACAGAGGUUUGAAGUUUUGGGCCUUCAUGCAUUUGAUAGUGACCGAAAGAGAAUGUCAGCUGUAAUUUGCUGCCCUGACAAUUCCGUAAAACUAUUUGUUAAAGGUGCAGACAGUGCAAUGUUCAGCAUUCUUGAUAGAUCCUUUGAUUUGGAGAUAGUACGUGCAACUGAGAUGCAUCUUCACGCCUACUCUUCUUUGGGUCUAAGAACUUUGGUAAUUGGUAUGCGGGAUUUGAGUGGCAGAGAAUUUGAGAACUGGAAGGCUUGUUAUAAUAUAGCAAGCACAUCAUUAUCUGGAAGGGAAGACCUACUUGGUGACAUUGCAAGCCAGGUAGAGUCUGAUCUCAGAAUCUUGGGGGCUACUGGAAUUGAAGAUAAACUGCAGCAAGGUGUGCCUGAGGCCAUAGAGUCUCUAAGAAAAGCUGGAAUGAGGGUUUGGGUUCUAACAGGGGAUAAACGAGAAACUGCUAUAUCUAUUGGGUAUUCAUGUAAGCUUAUAUCCAACAAUAUGAGCCAAAUCAUAAUAAACAGCCAUUCCAAGGAAUCCUGUAAACAGAGUCUUGAAGAUGCCAUUACCAUGUGUGAAAAACUGACAAUUUCAAGAACACAGACUGAUGGAGGGAGCACUGGUUCUGCUACAGUUCCUGUGGCCUUAAUUAUUGAUGGCCCUACAUUGGUUCAUAUUCUUGAAACUGAAUUAGAAGAUGGGCUAUACAGAGUAGCCACUACAUGCGAUGUGGUCUUGUGUUGCCGAGUGGCUCCAUUGCAAAAGGCUGGAAUAGUCGCGCUUAUAAAGAAGAGAACAAACGACAUGACUCUUUCUAUUGGUGAUGGUGCAAAUGAUGUCUCGAUGAUACAAAUGGCUGAUGUUGGCAUUGGCAUCAGCGGCCAGGAGGGCCGACAAGCAGUUAUGGCAUCAGAUUUUGCCAUAGGACAGUUCAGAUUUUUGGUUCCGCUUUUACUCGUACAUGGUCACUGGAAUUACCAACGCAUAGGUUACAUGAUUAUUUACAACUUUUACAGGAAUUCUGUGGUUGUAUUCUUGAUUUUCUGGUACACAUUUUUCUCAGCAUUCAGUUUGAUAAGCCCUAUAACUGAUGCCAGUGGGUUUCUAUAUUCAGCUGUUUAUACUGCACUUCCGACUGUAAUCGUUGGAAUAUAUGAUCAGGAUUUGAGCCAUGGGACUCUGCUAAGUUACCCCCAACUCUACGGACCUGGGCUUAGAGAUGAACGUUACAACCGAAAGUUGUUUGUUCUGAUUAUGUUGGAUUCCGUUUGGCAGAGCCUAGUUACCGCCUUUGUUCCUUUUCUCUUUUAUUCAGGGACAUUAGAUGACUCCAGCUUAGGAGAUAUAUGGAUUGUUUCAGUUGUCCUGUUGGUGAACAUACAUUUGGCCAUGGAUGUGUUCAGUUGGAACUGGAUUCUACUUGUGACUUUGUGGGGUGUCACAGCUAUAGCAAUGGGUUGUAUAGUGGCAAUAGAUGCCUCACCUUCAAUGCCUGGUUACUGGGCCAUCAAUAAUCUAAUGGCUACCAAAUUAUUUUGGCUCUGCUUACUCUGCAUCUUGGUGUUGGCAUUGCUUCCGCGUUUUGUGGUUAAGGUGUUUGCUUCAUACGUAAAACCUGACGAUGUACAAAUCGUUAGGGAAAUCGAGAAGGUUGCUAAGCGAAAACAUGACGGAGCCCUAGAAGCUCUAUUGAGGUCCUCUUCAGAUCAUCAGCAGCCGAAUUCAUGAUUUUUAUUUUGUCCUUUCGGGUAUUCCCUAACUUUUUUUUUUUUGUUACUUUGUAUAUUGAUAUAGAUUUAUUUUGGCUGUUAGAUUCUUUGUGAAGUUUGUUUACAUACAUCUAUCUGGGUGAUUUUAUCCCUUUACAUCUAAAUAGAAUAUUCUGUUCUUGAAAGGUCAAACUGUCCCUUUUUCCCUAAAUGAAAUAAUGCCAGUAUUUUAUGCCAAACUGAAUGUGCACAUUUCC